GCCGUUACGUGUGUUCUCCGUGCUCUUGAAGUUUCACAACUUUCGACUUUCAGUGAUCAAACCCUUGUUCUAGGGUUUUGCUACGAUGCAUUUGGGCAAGAAAUUUGCAGAAUUUUUAUUUGACGAGUCAGAUGAAGUUGCGGAGGAGAAAUCAAGAUGGAAAUCUACAAAAUCGGGGAAGAAGAAAUCUCGGUGUGGUAAUUCCCCCGUCGACACUUAUGAGUUUUUGAAAUCAUUUGCAGGAGGAGUGAAACCUAAAGGAAAGAAAUCAAGGAAUGAACCAGUAAUUGUUCAUGAAGUUGAUGAAGCGGUGAAAGAAAGGAUCUUUCGGUCGGAUGCAGCCUUACAAUCCAGUUCUUCAAACAACAAUUCAAAAGCUUUUUCUGGAUCCAUGUGUCCUGAUAUCUGCACUUUCUAUCAUGGAGAUAGCUUCAACACUCCUAGGUCCCCUAAAACUGCCACUGACAGAAAGCCUUCAGACUGUACCCAAAGGCUUCACUUGGCUGAUUUUCAAUUGCAGGAUGAGUCCGUUUCUAUAAUCUCUGAUGAGGACAAUGAUAAUUUAUCAACAAUGUCUUCUAAUGAUCUUGCAGAUGCUGAAGGUUUAUCAGGAAAACAGAUUCUUGAGCAAGAGAUUACUUCACCUGAGAUGGAUCCCAAUGUCGUUGUUUACCCAGAGUACGUUACAUAUGGAAGAAACUGUUACAGGAAAGCACAUUUGACUUUUUUUCCCAUUUCCAUUAAGCUUGAUGUCUCAGAGGAAGAAUGGGGCAUGGGUUCUCUUCCUUUUGAAUGGAAGAUUGCGGAUCUUAUUAGUAUCGAGUCAAGAUGGUUGGAUCAUUUCGUAACAGCUGGUGUCAGUCUUCAUAUCAAGUCGGAGCAUCCAAAACUAGCCAAUAGUGGUCAAGAAUCAGGCAAUUUGGAGGUCACGUUUGCUGUCUGUGACCCUUGUUGGACUUACACUGAAGAACAAAUUAAAUUUCUCAAUGAGCAGUAUAGGGAAAAGUGGGAGGUUAAUCUUGAUUCAUAUGAAUCGUUCGAAGAUAUUACCUAUCUGGAAGGGGAUUGUGAUUCUAUUUCUAUUUCUAAGAGAGACUUUCAGCUGCUGCAGCCAGAGAAGUUUAUCAAUGAUACCAUCGUCGACUUCUAUAUCGAAUACCUGAAGAAGAAGAUCAAACCUGCAGAUGGAAGAGUUCAUUUCUUCAACAGCUUUUUCUUUAGAAAGCUGGCAGAUUUUGAUGAAAAUCAAUUGCGGUUAUUUGACGCGGAGGCAGCUUUUCAGCGAGUUCGUAAGUGGACAAAGAAAGUGAACAUCUUUCAAAAGGAAUACAUUUUUAUUCCUGUUAACUUCCGCUUGCAUUGGAGUUUGAUUGUUAUUUGUCAUCCUGGGGAAGUGGUGAAUUUCACAGAUGAGGAACUGGUGAAUUCACUCAAAGUGCCCUGCAUUUUGCACAUGGACUCUAUUAAAGGAAGCCACAGAGGUCUUGAAAAUUGUAUCCGAUGCUAUCUGUGGGAAGAGUGGAAAGAGAGGACUAGUGAUGCAGCAGAAGAUAUUUCUACGAAGUUCAUGAAUUUGCGGUUUCUCCAUCUUGAGGUACCCCAGCAGCAAAACUCGUAUGAUUGUGGGCUCUUCAUGCUCCAUUACAUGGAACUUUUUGUGAAAAAGGCUCCCAUUAACUUCAACCCGUUGAACAACUUUAUUAGUAAAGCUUGGUUCCAUCCUAAAGAAGCUUCUCUGAAACGUGCUCGUAUCAAAAGCUUGAUCUUUGAACUUGUCAAAACUAAUUCUCAACGAGUUUUAUCAUCUGGCUGCAAUGACAAGCUGUCAUCUAAGCUCAAGGAUGUAAAUGAGGAAGAAGCUGAAGUACAGUUUCUCCAUGAGACAUGCGACUCGAAGGAAUUAUUUAAUGGAAAUAUCUCUGGUACUUGUGCAAAUAGAUCAAGAGAUGUGAAUGCUAAACACAUGGACAUAAAUCUUUUGGAUAGUGACACCAAUGGACUACGUCUUCUGACAUCUUUUGAGGAGCUUCAAUCUCAUAGUGAAAAGUUUCCAGAGACAGGAGAUAAUGGAGGAUCAUUGAUUGCUGCAAAUGAUCAGAAUCAUGGACAGUUGGUUCUGUAUGACCCUUCCCAAGCUGUAUUGUCACCGAUAAAGGAAAGUCAAGAAACAGAUUCUGUGACAAAUGCUAAAAGUAUCAAGAUGGACUCGUUUGUGGCUUGUACCGAAAAAUGCUUGAAUUUAUUAAGACUGAAGGAAUCAUCAAAAGAUGAUGACAACGAUGAUGAUGUUCUUGAAACUCUGGUUGUUGAAGACUCUGAUGAGUGUUGUUCGUCGUCUUCAAGUGAUGAUGUGUAUGAAACUUGUGUUGUUGAGGACUCUGAUUCAGAUGAUUUAGGUGAAAGCUCUUGUGGGAUAUUUUCCAAUCAGAAAAAGGCAAUUUCUUCUUCUUCUUCUAUUAGGAAAGAUGACGGUGGAAAGUAUUUGAAUGGGAACAGAAGAAGGCAACCUAUGGGUCGUGAAGCACGAAAAAGGCUCAGGAGAAGCCCAUCUGCCGAUUUGCAGAUGACAUGAUUAAGAUCAUAUCCAAUGGGUUUCUGAAGGAUGCAAAUCCCACGUUUUGUCGGAAUACCAAGGUAAUUAUGAAAUAUUCAAUAACCGAAAAAUCAUAAACUUGAUGUCUUUUGGUUUACGGUAUAUAGUUUGUUACUACGGUGAAUAAUAUUGUAUAGAUCCUUUUUUACU